AAACUUAGUAAUGCUAGAUGACCCUUACAGUUAUAACACAGUUGAUAUUGAGAAGAAACCUAUUAAUAUUCAGAUGAACCAAGGCUUUGCCCACAACUCUGAGAAGAAGGGAAGACCUAGAGUGUUGUUUCAGAAUAUUAAGACAAAUGGGACUUCUCAGAAUGCCAUUUCAACGAUAGGAGAAACCAAACUCGUGAGUAAGUCGGAAGAGAGACAGGGUGAUAUAUUUAUGAGGACUCAGGAAGAAGAUACUCGCUAUCAAGACUCCCGUGAUUCUUACCAUAGUUUACAGAAAAGCAGCAGUAGGAGCCGGAGAAGAGUCAAUUUCAAGAGGAAGGGAUCCAUAAAUUUUUCAUAUUCCUUCUUGCCAGGUGAUAUUAUGAACAGAAAAAGUCAGCGGAAGGUUGAGAAGGCCAUGAAGACCCUUGAUGCUAUCAUGGGCGAUCAAACUAUUAGCAGCAUCGACCUCAAGCAUCAGUUUCUUAAGGAAAUUAUUGUUAAAAAUGUUAAAAUUCCAAAAAUUCAGGAGAAGAACAACAUGGUUCUGCUUAUGAAAAAUCUGAUUGAUAAGACAAGUGAGAAGAUAUCAAACGCGAGGAGUGACACGAUAGUUCACUCCUCAUACAAGAGUCACCGACUUCUCCAGCAGAUGGAAGAGAAGGAAGCUAAAUUUUAAAAAACUUCAGAGACUGAAGGAGCUUUCGAUGAAGCAUAAUGUGUUAGAGAAGAGAGGAUUCAACCUUUCAGCGCAUAAUAAGAGUAUUAAGAUCAACUUGAAGUACAACAAGGGUCUUGUCAAAUCAAAUAAGGCUAAUGUUGGUCAAGCUGGACGGAGCAGCCAAGCCCAGUGACAGAAUACAUUAAGAGAACCGAUUAACUUAAGCCUGACUAAGAAGGAACCCCAUAUUAAUAACACAGCAUUUAAGCAGAUUUCGAUACAAGAUGAUAGCAAGAAAGGAGCUGUCGAUGGCGGAAAUCUCAGGGCUAAUAAAUUCUAUAAAACUGUUAUUGGGAAGGUACAUGACGGUAAACCUCUGCUUUAUAAGGACAGUAACCAAACUCAGCUAUCAAAGAAUAAUCCCGAUCCUCACAUAGAUGAUGAUCUUAAGAGUGCUAACAAGAUAGAAAUUGAAAAAGUCGAAAGGAAGAAUAUCAAAGAAUACCAAAACCAAAAUGAGUAUAAAAGCUCUAAAAUGUUGAAUACUGCAUCAGAUAGAUUUCACACUGGGAAGAACUCUGACAAUCCGAGUAUGGCAACUACGCCUGGGAAGCACAUGCUACCCUCUCUCCAUCAAGAUCUUCGUGAGGGUACUCAGCAAGAGGAAAGAAAAGAAGAAAAGGAGUCUGCUAUGAGAAGAAGAAAGAAACAGGCUUCUAAAAGUACCAGCUACAAGAAGUUACAUCAAUCAUCUCUGAAUGAUGCUAAAUCUUCACCUAAUAAGCUCAGGCCUCAACAGACAGUUGCUAGGAAUUUUAAGAAUGGGGUUUAUAAAUAACAUGGCUGCUAAUGCAAAAAAUUACCGAAGUAUGCACUUGAGUAAGGCUAAAAUCUUCAUCUCAGGGAUUAAAGAGAAGAAAUCCCAUGAUUACAUUGAGGCAUACAAGAAAUCUGCCAUGAAUGGUACCUUUGUUGAUCCAGGGACUUUGUUUAGGAAGUCACCUAGCCCAAUGAAAACUUCUCCUCGGAAAAUCAGAAUCAAAGAGAAGUACAGGAAGAAUAUUGGGUAUCAAGCUUCCAACAUGACUUUGCCCUUUGAUCAUGACUUGAGCAGAAAAAACUUGAAGUUGUACCUACCACAGAUUGAUAGUCAGGAGAUUCCAAACAGUAGGAGCAACUCUGACAUCAGGAGUCGGGGAAGGAGAUAGGAUAAAGUUCAAUUCCUA